CAGGUUACAUUCGCAAGCCGAGCUGAGCGCGGGAGAGAGGACCCGAGAGGAGAGCGGCUGGUUCGGCGCGUGUCGGCGGGUGCCCCAAGAACCCCAGGGUCCCCAUCCAGCAUCAAACAGACCCCACCCCCGCCCUGUGCGAACCUCCGCCCCAGCCAAGGACCCCCCAACACCAACAUGGACUGCUGCACCGAGAGCGCCUGCUCCAAGCCGGACGACGACAUUCUAGACAUCCCGCUGGACGAUCCCGGGGCCAAUGCAGCCGCUGCCAAAAUCCAGGCGAGUUUCCGGGGCCACAUGGCGCGGAAGAAGAUAAAGAGCGGAGAGCGCGGCCGGAAGGGCCCGGGCCCCGGGGGGCCGGGCGGAGCUGGGGGCGCCCGGGGAGGCGCGGGCGGCGGUCCCAGCGGAGACUAGACCAGAAGAACUGAGCAUUUUUGAAGUUCCCGAGCAGAGAUGGAUGCCGCGCCCCCUUCGCAGUGACGAGACUUCCCUGCCGUGUUCGUGAUCCCCUCCUUCCCACCGGCCUCCCAGCUUCAGGAGCCCUCCUGCGCCCCCAGAGACUCCAUUUCCCAGGCUGGCUCCGUCGCGGAGCCGCUAAAUCCGUGCCGGUUUAGUUAGUUCUCCCGUCUAGUCUGGUCCCCGUUUGCUCUUCCCACCCUAGCCCGCAACCCCGCGCUCCCAAAUCUUCCCCGUUUUGCUUCCCGCCCGCCUCUCCCCGCCCCCAGCAUGCAGCUCUGCCUCCGCAGCCUCUGUGCGCUUCCCUGCGCCACUGCGAGGGCACCCUAAACGUCGCCCAAGUACGUUCACUUAAAAAAGAAGAAGAAGAAAAAAAAGUCCUGUCCUUCCGUGCACAGCUCAAGGGGGCGCCCUGCAUCUCUGUGCUGUUUCUGCCGCAACGUAGCACCGGAACUUUGGAUCUGGAUCCAGGAGAGAGGGAGGAAAGGGUUUUUAUGGUGGCUGAUACCCCUUGCUUUGAUCGGAAGGGAAGUCCCUAUUUCACACCCCAGCCUCACGCCUGCCUGUUAUCUGCCCUCCCCCUCUCCCCAGCGCAUCCUGAGAGCCGCCUCCCCAGCUCUCUUCUUGUUUAUACAAACGCUGUGCGCCUGGGAGGCUCGGUGGGAGGAGUCUGCCGCGGCCCCGCCCCCGCCCCCGCCGGGAUCCUGGGGCUGUGGCCCGAAGGUUUUUAAUCUCCGUGUGUGCAUGUGACCGUACUGGGUUGGAAUGUGAACAAUAAAGAGGAAUGUCCAAGUGCUCA